AUGGCGGACGAAGAAGUCCUCGGAAAAGUUAGCGACCGCUGGCGACUGCAGCUGCUCGAACCUGUGAGAGCUCUGUUGCAGGCCCGUGAGCAAUCCAGAGGUGCAUCCAAACGAAACGUUGAUGAAGCAGCUUGCGACUCGCCUGAGCUUGCAUGCGUGCUCCAGUCCACAAAUGUUGCGUUGGGGAGCACUCUUUCUGACCUUAGCAGACUCAGCCUGAGGCAGUUCAUGACGCUGUACGGGAGACUCAGGGGCGAGGAGAUUGGUGUGAUUUCGCCAUAUGCCGCGCAGGCCUGGGGCCCCUGCCAUGAGCAGGCAGCCUAUACUCGAGUCUUACUGGAGAGCCGGACCGUUACCACCCAAAGUUGUGGGUGUUUGGCAUUGUGUGACUGGACACCAAUCAGCACCGCAUGGGCAGGCGGUUGGAGCACGGUGGCCGUUCUGCGCUCUCAGCGCAUGUGGCUUCAACACCUGCAGGAGGCACCCGCCAACCACCCACCACCCACCUUCAACUUUUUUCGUCCUCCGUCAGUGGUGCAUUCCAUAAGCCAGCCGCAGUUGAAGGCGACAGAUGAUGUCAUGAACCGGCCUGGUGAGUCGACCAAUCUCACAAAGUUCAGCGACUUCAUGAGCGCCCUUCCAGGUCCACGGGUGAUCCUGGACUGCACCCCCUCGGAAGAGCCAGCUGAUCUGUAUCAAAGUUGGCUUGCUGCAGGCAUCAACGUGAUCACUGCCAAUAAGAAAGCCGGAAGUGGCAGCCUGAAAAGAUACAAAGCGAUCAGGGAGGCUGCACGGCUAGGGCAAAGCCACUUUCUCUACGAGGCUACGGUUGGAGCUGGGUUGCCAGUGCUGGCGACUUUGCAAGACAUGGUUCGAAGCGGAGAUGAUGUUCAUGUAGUUGAAGGUGUUUUCAGUGGCACGUUGUCUUUCAUCUUCAACCACAUCGAGCUUGGUGCCACCUUUUCGGAAGCUGUCUGGGAGGCUGCACGGCUAGGCUUUUUGGAGCCGGACCCUCGCGACGACUUGAGUGGUGGCGAUGUCCAGCGCAAAGUUGUCAUCCUGGCAAGGGAGUUGGGUCUUGAAAUGGAGCUCGAAGAUGUCGCUCCGGAGUCCUUGGUUCCUGGCACGCUGAUCUGGAACCCACCAAACACAGACACCCGCAGCACAGUCUCGGACUUCGUGAGCCAUUUGCGUGAGUUCGAUGGUGACAUGGCAGAGAAGGUUGCGCAGGCUCGUGUUCAGAACAAUGUCCUGCGCUAUGUGGGCACCAUCAACGUUUCCAGCCGGACGGCCAGAAUCUCCUUGAUGCCGGUGCUUCGUGAUCAUCCUUUAGCAGCUCUCCGCCAUGCGGAUAACAUGGUGGCCAUCUCGUCGGCACGCUUCACCCCACGGCCUCUGGUGGUUCAGGGUCCCGGAGCCGGUGCUGCAGUGACUGCCUUCGGAAUGCUCGCGGACAUGUUCCGACUCGAGCGAUCCGGGUCUGCGUCGCGAUGCCCUGCGCAAGAAAAGGUCCAAGUGUCUUCAGUGGAUGCCUUCCAGGGAUGCCAGAAGGAUAUCAUCAUCCUCAGCCUCGUCCGAGCCAAUCCACGUGGUGAUGUUGGGUUUGUGUCGGACUGGCGUCGACUGAACGUUGCCUUCACGCGGUCAAGAAAGCUUUGUCUCAUCCUAGCACAUCUACCCACAUGGCUGAGUACGGAGAGUGCUCUCUUGAGGGACUGGAUCGGCUUUCACCCGGCCGAUGUCGCAGAGGUCAAGUCGUUUCAGAAGAGUGGCCGCUCCGUUGGUCUAGGAGCUUUGCCUUCGGAUCUGGAGAACCAGGUCGACAUGUUGCGGGCAGAGUUUGCCAAAAAUCGCCCAGCAGCAGCCAAGCUUCCGCGAGUUUCAGUGGCUGCAAAGGGAGGUGGCACGGACGCAGCCACAAUGAAAAGAAAGAAUCUGGAAGCCGGGCGGGCGCUGUCAGAAGCGAUCAGCAAAGUUGACGAAAGCCUCCUCGAGGCAGCCCUCAACAAGGCCAUCGAUGCUGGCAUCCAGAACAGCACAGUGGAAGAAGCAGAGGAUAUGCUUCGGCGCAUUGUCUGCCUGCGAGAGCUAAACGUGGCUGCCAGCGGGGAUGACGAGUCGGUCCUGCAGGCCGCCAUCUUCUUGGCGAGACAAUCUGGCGUGAGCGAGACUGACAUCUCGCAGGCAGAAGAAAGCUUCAACUUGAACCUCAAGGCCGCCCUGGAAGAGCGCCUCGGCGUAGAGCGCAGAGAGAAAGCCUUUGCCCGGCUCCGCGAGGCCAUGGGUGGGCGAAACAUCACUGCGUUGAAAAGCGCCAUUGCGCAAGCUCGUGCAGAGGAAGCUGCUGAACAAGACCUGCAGGCUGCCGAGGAUGCGCUAACGCGGCUGUUAGAGGAACAAGCUGCAAGGAAAGCUCCUGUGCCAGUCGAGCCGGAGCCAGCAGCCUACGAAGAGCCGAUGGAGCCGAAGCAGGAAGAAGCGGAACCGAUGGAAACGGAACAAGAUGUCCCAGUAGCCGUGAAGCGCGAAGCGCCACCAGCUGCCAAAGCGGAGGAUCUGCCGACAGGAAAGCCUGUUCCAAAGGUGCCCGGCAUCAAGCGGAUGCAGCUUCGAGUGCUUGACAAAGUUGGCUGUGGCAUGACAUUGCAGACGACGAAGUGGGGCAUGGUCGUCGAGGAAGUGGAAGCCAAGCCUGGACAGCCACUUCUGAAGGUGGGUGACUGCAUUGUCGAGAUAGACAAGCUUUCCCUUAUGGGGCUUCCAGAGGAUGUCUGCGAGGACACCUUCGGCACAGCCUUUCGGCAUGGCGUUUGGCUUUCUGCUGCCUCCGGUGUUGAGGCCGGCAUUAAUCGAGAAGACCUCGAUGCGGCAGAGUAUGCUUAUGACAAGUACUUCAGCAUGUAUGCGCUGGCAGAGGCCCACGAUGAAGUAUCUUUGCGUGUGGCCAUCAUGGAGGCACGAGCCGCUGGUGUUGAAGCGGCUUUAAUCUCAGAGGCGGACACGAGCGAGAGAGGCAACGCCAGCAGAACGCGGAGGAGCUUGGCUUCUUGUGGUGUCAUCGUCAUGCAUGGCUCCGCUGCAAGAUCAAAGUCUGCGGCAAAGGAGACGGCCAAGGAGAGCCACCGGACAGAGGCCGCAGUACGCAUCCAGUCCUUCGCCGCCUGGCUGAGCUUGGUCCGGGGAUUCCUGGCAAGACGCAGUUGGGCAGAGGCCGAAUGGAAGAGUCUUCGGAAGCAGGUUCACGAUCUGGGGGCUCUCGCGACUUCGUUGCGGCAGCAAGGAAAGCAGUUCCUGGCGCCAGCGGAGUUGCUGCUGACGUUUUUGCGCCGGUCGUGCUGGCAGGUCCGAGCCAGCGCAUCACGGAGUUCAGAUGAACUGGCCGAGGUGCUUCAGACUUUGUCCUCGCUGGCAAUUGACGGCUUGCGGGCCUCUUCAAACGGUGCUCAAAAGAGCGUUUGUUCUCUUUUAUGUGCCGACGCCCGACCAAUGCACGUACCGGAUCCAAAUCGGACCGUCGUCAACUUCUGCCACGCUCUGCUAGUGGUCGCAACCGCGCCAGUUCGUGGACACUCGCAAAUCCUGUCGACUGCAGCAUCGGCCUGCGUGGCAAAUCUGGCCGAGAUCUUGAAUGUGCACAGCUGGGCAGGCGGCUCUGAGACGGGUGCACAAUUGGUUCGGCGGAUUUCUGGCCAGCUGCUGCAGACCUGCGUCUGUUCCGCUACGCUUCAACACUGGCGCGGCUGUGCAGUGGCUGCCGCCAGCUGCUGGGGCAGCGGCGGCACACCUCCGGAGAAGCUGCAGAACCUGGUUGCUGCGGCAGCUGCACUUCUGGCGCUCGCCCUGCAGGAGGCCACGUUCGAUGCAGCUGCCGAGCUCCUGGAAGCGCUGCUCUCCGUCCCGCGCUCGGGAGCACCACUGGCGAGAUGCCUUCCCAAACCCGAGGAGCAAGCAUGGUCUUCAGCCUUGCUUCGACUUCUGUCACGGUUCAAGAAUCUUCGCGGAAAUGAGCGCCAAGGUUCUGCCAAAGCAAUGGAGCAGGAGUACGCGAUGUCAUAUGCUGCAGGCAAUCUCUUCGAGCUGCAUGCAGCCUUGGCAUUACCACUGCCAGAACUUCUGAGGGUCCAAGCAUACCUGCUGGAGAGAGCCGUCGAGGUCUCAAUGCUUGCCGGAGCACCAGCACUAGUCCAAGACGAACCGGUGACCGUCAAGGAGCUGCGACGACAGCUGCAGCAUGUGGCUGAGCCUGGAGCGAUAGCCCAGUGGUGGAGCCGAGUUCUCAUGCUGAAGUAUGUGCCAAAGGAGGCCGUUUUGGGACCUGUGCGACUCCGUGGGUACCAACGGCACUGCCUGGCAGUGGCACAUCACAAAGUGUGCCCGCUUGCGGUGGACAGCCUUGCACACCUUUACAGCACCUUGCUGGGCAAAGCUCGUUUAGCCUCGAAGUCGGGGCUGAACUACCAAGUCUUUGAAACCAUUGCCAAUGCUAUUGCCUACAUGGAGGGUGGCGAUGUGACCAAGUCGCUGUGGCGGCGAAUUCAAAGCACUUUGACCGCGGAUGCGAUGCGCCCCGGUCAACCCAGCGAACAUCUGGGUCCCAAUGUAUUCCACCUCAUCCACCUACAUGCCGUGCUGUUGUCGCAGAGUCUGGGCAUCAUGACCUACGACGAGCUUCGAAGUCCAGACUCCCCACUUUGUAAGCAUGACAUCGGCAUGUACGUGAGCAAGGUGACGUCGGUGACCUCUUGGCUCGCAUGGAGUGCAGAAUCAUCAGGGGCCGCCGGCCUUCCGAUUCGAGAGGAGCUUCUGGAGGCCGCCGGAUGCGUCUUGGGACAGCUCUGGGCGCUGUGCCGUCGUGGGGAGAAGCCGCUUCCUGCGAGCUGCUGGCAUGCUCCAGACCCUGUCACGGAGGGCUUCAAGGCGGUUGUCAAGGAGAUCACAGACUCGAUUCAGCUCGCUCAGUUCGUUCAGCUGCCUGUCGGUGCCGAGCGCCUUCUCCGGCACCUGCCGCAGGCCAUUCCGUUCGAGCUCCGCGUCGCACUCCUCCGUGCCCGAGUCCAGAUGGCUCGCGAGGCUGGGCUUGGCCGGCCCGUUGUGAAGCUGACUGUCCGCCGCACCCACCUCUUCGAGGACGGCCUCACGUCCUUGAUGCUGAAGGAGGCUGACUGGCGAGCGCGGUUCCAGGUGGUCUUCGUGAGCGCUUCAGGUAGACCGGAGCAGGGACAGGAUGCCGGCGGCCUCUUCAAGGAGUUCUGGGAGAAGCUUGCGGAAACAGCCUUCAACCCCGAGUAUGGCCUCUUUCGCAUCACGGAUGAGCGACUCCUGUUCCCAAACCCAGACGCGUGGAAAUACCAUGCUCCUCGCCUCGUGAUUGGCAAGGCUAUCUUCGAAGGAAUUGUCACGCAGCCGCAACGGCGGAAGUCAGAAAGCGACCUCAAGAAAUGUCGCCAUCAGAGUCAGGUCGUGGAGCCUUCAUUUGCGCCUUUCUUCCUUGCCAAGAUUCUUGGCAAACACAACUCGUAUUACGACCUCCAGUCUUUGGACCCGGUAGCCCGGAAGCACUGCACACAUGGAAAGGAAUUCUCUUCCUUUCCAUUUCACCCUCUUAGCAGCCCAGGCACUCUUCGGAAAUCUCCAGCAGCUGAAAGUCUACAGUCUUGUGCUCGGCCUAUUGCCGAAGGAUUGAUCUGCUUUUCCCGGCAUCUUCAGACCUGUGCAGGUGGGGACGUGGCAGAUCUGUGCCUGAACUUUGUUGCCACUGGCAGUGAUGGCGAGGAGAUUCCCUUGCUGCCCGGGGGAAACGGCAAGGAAGUAUCGGUCACAGCCGAGAACAGGGCAGCUCGAGCUCACCUCACAGCAGCCUCGUGGUUCGCCAGGCUCAGCGACUACAAGCUGAAUCGAGAGCUACAGAAUGCAUCCACGGCCUUCUUGAGCGGCUUUCGACGAUUGAUCGACGAGCGAUGGCUGCGGAUGUUCAGUGAGGACGAGCUGCAGCAGGUGCGAAAAAACAGAUGGGUCCCUGUCACAGCUGCUCUGCUGGCCGCUUGCCAGGUGAUAAGUGGCUCCAGCAGCGGCUCCCUGAAUGUGGAUGUGUCGCGGUAG